AUGGACUCUGACAAGCUUCUUGUCAGUGGUUCCUCUAUCUCUAUUGUUGCGGUAUAUGUAGAUGACAUUCUAUUAACAGUCAUUCGAGAACCUCAAGGAUUGAUCCUAUCCCAGAGAAAGUUUACUUUGGAUCUUUUGCAUGAAUUUGCAUCUUUGCAUUUGUCUCCUGCCUCCUCACCUCUUGAUUCUUCUAUCAAAUUGCUCACCAAAACAGGGGAUCCUGUGAAGGAUCUGACCUUAUAUCGUCAUCUUCUCGGUAAGCAUAAUUAUCUUACCCACACCAGGCCUGACCUGUCUUUCACCAUCCAACACCUCAGUCAAUACAUGCAAGACCCACGCCAACCACAUCUUGAUGCUGCUUAUCGAGUACUCUGUUAUCUUUUAAAAGACCCAGGCCUUGGUUUUUUUAUGUCUGCCUCACCUUCAUUUCAGCUCCUUGCUUUUUGUGACUCUGAUUGGGGCACUUGUCCUGAAUCCCGCCGAUCAGUCAGUGAUUUUUACAUAUCCAUAGGCUCUUCUCAUAUUUCUUGGAAGUCCAAGAAACAAACUUACAUCUCUCUUAGUUCUGCUGAGGCAGAAUACCUUUCCAUGAGACGGGUAGUAGCUGAGCUCACUUGGUUGGUUCGCCUCUUUGAAGAUCUGUCCAUCCUCAUUUCUUUUCAUGUUCCUCUUCAUUCUGAUAGUCAAGCCGCACUUCAUAUCACGAAGAACCUCGUGUUCCAUGAACGCACCAAGCAUGUCGAAAUCGACUGUCACUUUGUGCGACAACAAUUUCUUGCUGGGCUUAUCUCUCUUUCUUUUGUUAGAUCUGAUUCUCAGCUUACAGAUCUCUUCACUAAACCUCUCACCGGUCCUCGUCAUCGGAAUCUAUUGGGCAAGUUGGGUGUUCGUACCUUCCCCUCCAACUUGAGGGGGGUGUUGGUGUUACCCUAA